AGAGAGAGAGAGAGAGAGGGGAGAAGAAACGAAUGAGGGCAACGGCCGGUGCUGUCACAUCAACGCGUGUGUUGGGAACCCAGGUCGUAUUUUUCUCAGGAGAAGAAGAAUCCUUGCCACCUCCGCCACUCAGAAACAAGCACGAACCCACCACGCAAAGGGGCGAGAGAGAAUAAGUAGAAGUCAAUCAAAGGCGGAGGAAAAGAAAAGAACCCCACUUUGCCAUCUCUCUCUCUCUCUCUCUCUCUCUCUCUGUAGGAUUCUCAUUGAGAACAGGGUACGAGUUUCUGCAGAGAAAGGUGGUGGAAGUUUGUUUGGUCGUAGGCAUGAACGGGAAGGCCAGCGUUUCCAAGGAGCUUAACGAGAAGCACAGAAAGAUAUUGGAGGCUCUCUUUAAAUUACCAGAGAACAGGGAAUGUGCUGACUGCAGAAACAAAGCCCCACGAUGGGCUAGUGUGAAUCUGGGAAUAUUUAUAUGCCUGCAAUGUUCCGGAGUACAUAGGAGUCUCGGAGUACACAUAUCAAAAGUGAGAUCUGCUACUUUAGACACAUGGCUCCCUGAGCAGGUUGCUUUUAUUCAGUCUAUGGGGAACGAGAAAGCGAAUAGCUAUUGGGAAGCAGAGUUGCCUCCGAACUACGGCAGAGUUGGAAUCGAAAACUUCAUUCGUGCAAAGUAUGUUGAGAAAAGAUGGGUACCUCGAGAUGAAAAAAUGAGAUCACCACAAAGUACGAGUGGAGCUAAAACUCCUGUCUAUAAAUCAUCACCUGAUAAUGGUCACCGCAGUGGCUAUUCAAAUAGGAUAGAGCACCCUCCAGCUGAGAAGAAAAAUACUCAUUCAUCCAAUGGAGAUGCUAGAGUAAUUGCCUUAGAGAAUAGUACUUUAGCACCUGCUAAAGUAACACCACAGGUAGUUGCCAAAACCAAGCCACAAGACAAUCUGGAGAAACAUGUACCAGAAGUUUCCAAGGCUGAGUCUAUGAGAAAAGGGGCGGAGAAACCUAAAUCAGAAGUCCCCGAAGCUGAGUCUACAAAAAAGCCAGCAAAUCUUCCCCCAGUUGCCCCACCGGCCAAAGUUGAUUAUGCUACUGAGCUUUUCAAUUUGCUCAGCAUGGACAAUAGUAAACCAAAUGGCUCCCAUCUGGACUCUGCCAAUGGCAAUCCAAAAUCUGGGAUUCAGGAUCUAAAAGUAAACUCUCGGAUAGCGACUUCAUACCAUUCAGAGAAGUCCAACCAAGUGUCUCCAUUCUCUAUCCAACAACAACAACUACUUCCUGUCCUAUCUCAACAACAGUCCUUCCUGGGUAAUGGAGUCCAAUACCAUAAUGUGAACGUACCUCAGCCCAGCUUGAAUGUUGCCCCAACAGCGUCUCAGCAGUAUAGGGGAAUCAUUACUCAAUCUCCUGUCAUGAUGUCGUUAGCCGAAACACAGAAAAAUAUGCAGAUGGCAAAUGGCCAACAGGCGAGGCUUGUGGGUUCAGUUGCUUAUCCACCUCAGAGAUCCUACAUUGGUGGGCCAGGAGCUCCAAUAAAUGGCGCUACAAGAACAAAUUUUCCUCAGCCCACGACACGGCCAAGACCAUCCAUCACCCCGACUCCAUCCGGGCAUGAUUACGACUUCUCAUCUUUAACGCAAGGACUAUUUGUGAAACGGUGAUAAAUAGUUGCACGUGUGAAUAUUGAAUUCCUUCUUUUUCUCCUUUUUCAUGAGGAUCUAUUGGUUGAUUUGCAUGGAAAUAGCACACUAGAUACUUUCUUCCAGGAUGGGGUGUUCAUAAUUUGGGGGGGAUAGAUAUCAUUCUUGAUCUGGGAAGUGGGACAAUUUAUAUUGGUAUCUGCUACAAUAAAAGUGGGUUGCUGUGUUCUUCGUUUUGUUGAGUAACACUGAAAGGGGCAGGAUCUAUUUCAAUGCCUGUACCUUUUGUAAAUUAAACAAUUCAUUCUGACGUUUCAUUCUGCUAA